AUGGUUAAUAACGUGGAAGAAGAAAAAAGUAACGUUUCAGCCAUUUCUUUCUCCUCUUCAAUCAAAAAUUCAACCCAAAGUUAUUCUUCUUCCCAUCUUUUUGUUUCUGUCUUGUUCAAUCUCACUGCCACCAACAAUCAAGAAGAAAACAAGACGGUAGGAGAAUCCUUAAAGGAACAGGAAGAAGAAGAAGAAAUUCGAUUGAGGAAGGAGGAAGCUAUGGCGGAAAAUUACUGGUGUUACCAAUGCUCUCAAGUGGUGACUCCCGUUAUGGAAAUUGAGAUUCAUUGCCCGUUUUGUCAAGGCGGGUUUAUCGAACAAAUGAGUGGCGGUGCUAGGGACGGUGGUGUAGACAUGGAUUCCGUCGUGGGAUCCGACCGAGCACUCUCCUUGUGGGCGCCUAUCUUGUUAGGUAUGAUGAGCAAUCCCCGCCGUCGUCGAAGAUUCGGUCCUAUCGACAUCGAAGAAGACGGUAAUGGUAAUGGUAAUGGUAAUGGUAAUGGUAAUGGUAAUGGUAAUGGUAAUGGUAAUGGUAAUGGUAACGGUGAAGCUCGGAACGAGGGAAAUAAUGAUUUGAAUCGUGAACUUGAAUCGAUCGUCAGGAGGAGGAGGAGGAGUUCCGCAACUAUUUUGCAGUUGCUUCAAGGCAUCAGAGAUGGGAUUGCAUCCGAAGCGGAAAAUUACGAUAACGAUCGGGCGGAUUCGGGUGCGAUCAGGGAUCGAGAGAGGGAACGGGAGCGAGUGAUCUUGAUCAAUCCUUUCAAUCAGACUAUCGUCGUCCAAGGUUCUUAUGAUUCCAAUCAGAGUGGUCUAAACUCGAACUCGAGCCAUACAAGGUCUCUAGGCGAUUAUUUCAUGAGUCCUGGUCUGGACUUAUUGUUGCAGCAUUUGGCGGAAAACGACUCAAGCAGAUAUGGCACUCCGCCGGCACAGAAAGAGGCGAUCGAAGCCUUGCCCACCAUGAAAGUUGAGGAGACGUUGCAAUGCUCCGUGUGCUUGGAUGAUCUCGAGGCUGGUAUGGAAGCAAAAGAAAUGCCAUGUAAACACAAGUUUCACAGCCAGUGUAUAUUGCCAUGGUUGGAGCUUCAUAGUUCUUGCCCGGUCUGUAGGUAUCAAAUGCCUGCUGAUGAAUCGAAACUCGAUCAGGAGAGGCCGAGGGCUAAUACUAAUACCAACCAAACAGAAAACGGAAACAAUGUUGACGGUAUCGGUGAAGGGAGUGAAAGCGACGGGAGAAGCGAGAAUGGAAGAAGGUUCACAAUGCCAUGGCCGUUCAAUGGUUUGUUCUCGUCGGGGUCUCAAUCCCACGGCCGUUAAUGACUCGGUUGUAUUAGCAUAGCUUCCUCCAGUUCCUGAAGAUCCUGCCUUGCCUAUCACGUAGAUAGUUGUUUUGGAUUGAAUUUGAGAAACCUCGGAAGAAUUUGUGCUUUUGUUGUCAAUUUUCCUGCAUCCUGAUAAUAU